UGCCCUUCAUGACCACUCUGGUCAGCAGUUUGAACUCCACUGCCCUGCAGCCAGGUAAACAACCAUCUGCCCCUUCCCCUUAGAAGCCCUGGGAAUUUUUGAAAUUCCAUUUCCUUCUGGCUCGGCCUGGAGAGGUCUCAUCCCAUGGUGAAUUCUUGCACCAAAUGCUUGCCCACUUGGACCACUGCAGAGCUGUUGGAUCUGAUCAGUAUAUGGGGAGAGGAGGCUGUACAGUCCCAGCUGUGCUCGAGCCGUAGGAAUUGGGAUACCUACGGGCAGAUUUCUCGAGACUUGUGUGAAAAGGGCUAUGAUCGGGACACGCUGCAGUGCAGAGUGAAGAUAAAGGAACCGAGGCAGGCGUACUAUAAGGCAAGGGAGGCAAAUCAUCGCUCCAGUGCUUCACCUAAGACUUGCCAGUUCUAUGAGGAGCUGGACACUAUUGUCGGUGGCAACCUCACUACCACCACCACGGAUGCUUUGGCGGGCCUGGAGGCAGCGGAAAGAGGCCCUAACCUGGAGCAUGAAGUUAUUGAUGAAGAGGUUGAGUUAGAUGAGGUUGUGCCGCUCCUGGUGGAGUUACCCAGUGGGGCAGGCAACCAGGAACUGUUCUCCACUCCAGAAGUGUCUAGCCAGUCUCAGCAGUCGCUGUCCGGGGAGCAAGAAGCAGGAGAUGAGACGCCUGAUGUGGGGAACGCCCCACACAGCCCAGUUGAGCGUCUCUGCCAGGUAAGAAAGCGCCCGAGGCACAGCAAAGAAGACAUGUUCCGGGAGGUACUGCACUGCUCCAAUGCAGAGAAAAGGGAGCGCCAGGAGGGUUGGGAAGCCGAAUGGCAGGACAGAAAAGAGAAUCAGGAGUUUGUUAAGGACGCAACCGAGCGGAUGAUUAAAGUAAUGGAGGAGCAAAUGCAGAUGCUGCAGAGUCGUUAAUAGUGUUGCAGACUGAGCAGAUCCGCGCGCCCUCCUCUGCAGCACAUUUAGACUCAUUUCCAUGACCCCCCCUCACCCCCAAACUCCGCCUGCACAUUCCCAUUCACUCCACCACCUUGGACAGCUUUCACAAUGACAGCUGGACCUACACACAGCUGUGAAAGUCUGCCCUUCCCUGGUUCCUCCUUUCCCACCAAUUAUCUGUGUGCGCUUGAGUGUGCUGUUUCUUGUGCAAUAAAAGCAAAGUUUUCAAAUGGUAA